AUGUCUGCAAUGUGGAUCACAAUCUUCGCCUGCUGCUCCCAGUUCGCCUCUCUUUAUUCCAUGUCGAUCACUGAUAAGCCUACACACAAAUUUAGUUAUGGUCUCGCGAGAGUCCCCGUUUUGGCUGUUUUCAGUACUACUACUCUAGCGCAGUUAUUCUCAAUCUUUUUAUCGAAAGAAUCAUUCGAACACUUGUUAUCACCGGAUCAUCAUGGAUCUCAUGACGCAUCGGCUGCUCAUGAACAUGAAGUCGAGGAGAUUGGCGGAGGAUGGCCAUAUUUCGUCGGUUCGGCCGCCUCAUCAGUCGCCCUUCUACUCUCCGCCUACGCUCUCAAGAAUCAACCAUUCCAACACGUUCUCACAUCUGCAACAGCUUCAAGUCUCCAAGAACACGCCGCUGAUCUCUCGCAAGCCGUCUGUUUUGUGAUUCCAGGACUCUCAAGGUUACUGUUGCCACGUAUCAAUUCGAUGGUUCUGUUGGCGGCGACGACGAGCGGAUUGUUGAUGCUUUGUGAGCAUUUUAAACACGAUUUUGCGUGGGCCGAUCCAGUAUGCUGUCUCCUUCUCUCCGUCGCCGUGUUCUCUACAAUGUGGCCUCUUUCCACAUAUACUGGAAUGAUUCUCCUCCAAACGACACCUCCGCAUCUGAUUAAUCAAAUUGAUCGAUGCCUGUCAGAAGCAUCACAUAUAGAUGGAGUGCUCGAAUUGAAGAGUGGACGGUUUUGGCAAUUGGAUUUCAAUCAAUUGGUUGGAACAGUAGACGUUCGAGUGCGUCGGGAAGCCGAUGAGCAGAACGUGUUGGCUCACGUGACGGAGAAAUUGUCGUCAGUGAUUACAGUACUCACAGUUCAAGUGGUCAAAGAUGCGGCAUGGUCAGCAGGAGAGGCCACGUACACUAAUGGACACAUUCAUGGAGUUAAUGGAGGAGCAAUUAGUGGAGGAGGAGGGGGACACGGCCACGCCCACGACAGUCAUGGGGAUCAUGGACACUCUCAUGGUGAUCAUGGUCACAGUCAUGGUGCCGAUGAGCAUGGACACUCUCAUGGUACUGGAAAUAACGAUCAUGGACACAGUCAUGGUGGAGAGCAGAGUCAUGGACACAGUCACGACGGCGUCUUUUAUCAUUAG